AAAUUUGACAAGACUGAUAUAAAAUCAUAGGCGCAUCCAGGGUUUUCAUUUUGUUGCGUCUCGCUCUUGAAGCCAAGCUUAGGGUUCCAAGGUUUUUCGAUGGAGGUUACUCAAGAUGUGGAGGACAAGCAAUUGGGAGAGGUGCCAGAGGAUGCUCUGCCGAAAGUUGAAGAAACUCGGGAAGAGAUGCUUUCUAGGCACAGGAAAGAGAUAUCUCAGCUGCAAAACAAGGAAAUAUCGAUGAAAAAGGCAGCUGCUAAAGGAAGCAAGGCUGAACAGAAAACUAAGAAAAAACAGGUGGAGGAAGAGAUUGCUCAACUUUCCACGAAGCUUAAAGAAAAACAUGCAGAGGAACUGGCUCUACUAGGCUAUAGCUCUAACAAUGGGAAGGAGAAAGGAAACCUUGAUACUUUGGUGAAGGCCAUAGCUGGAGUGUCUGUCAAAAAUCAAGCUGAUCAUUCAAAGCCCAGUAAGAGUGUCAAGAGGCGUGAGAAAAGAGCCCAAGAAGAAGCAGCUAGAGAGCAAAGAAUACAAGAAGAACAGAGCAGCAUUGUUAGUGAUCGAAUGAUUGAAGACGAAAAGUUGGAAAAAAAACUUGAACCCCUUGGUUUGACUGUGAAUGAAAUAAAGCCAGAUGGGCACUGCCUCUACAGAGCUGUUGAAAAUCAGUUGGCUGUCCUCUCAGGAGGUUCUUCUCCUUACUCAUUCCAAGAACUUCGCAAGAUGGUGGCUGCUUAUAUGAGAAAACAUGCACCAGAAUUUAUCCCUUUUUUCCUGUCAGAGAAUCAGGCUAGUGGAGACUCUGAUGAUGCUGUUGCUGAAAGGUUUGAAAACUACUGCAAAGAGGUUGAAUCGACUGCAGCAUGGGGAGGACAACUGGAGCUUGGUGCUCUGACUCAUUGCCUUCGGAAGCAUAUUAUGAUAUUUUCAGGAUCAUUCCCUGAUGUGGAGAUGGGUAAGGAGUACAGAUCUGAUAAUUGGACUGCUUCGUCCGGUUCGAGCAUUAUGCUGUCAUACCAUAGGCAUGCAUUUGGACUUGGCGAGCAUUAUAACUCUGUUGUUCCAGUUUAAUCUUAAAGGUAUACUAAAUGUAGAAAGAUGAUUGCUAUAUUUUGGUGCACUCUCAGAUGAUACAUUUUUGUCCUAGGAUACAAACUAAAGUAAGCCCAAAACUAUGGUUAUCUUGAGCACCAGUUUAAGUUUAAUAUUUUCUUCUGUUGUGAUUUCUCAAAUUAGCAUAUAUUCUCUAUGGUUAAUAUUUUGAACUUGAA